CAGGAAUGUAGCGAAAAAGUGGCUGUCAUCAGCUGCAAGCUCACUCUUAAGUUAGUGGUCUUUGGAGUGACUUAAAGCAUAACCAGCAACAUGGCAACUGCACAGUCAGCUUUAACGUUCGCAGUGUGCAUUCUGAUGAUAACAGAACUGAUACUGGCCAGAAAAGACUACUAUGACAUUCUGGGUGUGCCGAGAGACGCCACUGACCGCCAAAUUAAGAAGGCCUUUCAUAAACUGGCAAUGAAGUAUCACCCCGACAGAAACAAGAGCCCUGAUGCCGAGGCAAAGUUCAGGGAAAUUGCGGAGGCAUAUGAAACCUUGUCAGAUGAGAAGAGGAGGCGAGAGUAUGAUCAGUUUGGACAUGCAUCUUUCUCUAAUGAGGGCACGAGAGGAGGACAGGGCCAGCACUUCCACCAGGCCUUCAACUUCAACUUUGACGACAUUUUCAAAGACUUUGACCUUUUUGGCCAGGGCCAGCACGCGCGUCAGAAGAAGCACUUCGAAAGCCACUUCCGGCCCCAGCAGGAAGCCCACAGCCGCCAUAGAAGGCAUUUCCAGGACGCCUUCGGGGGCUCCAUCUUCGACGACGUGUUCGACAACAUGGAGAAGAUGUUCAGCUUCAACGGCCACAGGGUGCGGACUGAGAGCACAUUCCGGCACUCCGCCAAACAGCACUGCAGGACUGUCACACAGCGCAGGGGCAACAUGGUCACCACUUACACCGACUGCUCUGGCCCCUGAGGGGAGACUACCUCAACACACACAGCGCCCCCUGGCUGUUACUGGGGGUUCAGGCUUAUCGGGGGUUUAGGGUUUUAUGUUUGUUUUUGUUUUAAAAAUAUUAAUUUAAUUUCCUGCUGUGACUUGAGUGAAGUCUGUUAUUUCUUGGGGAUAAAAUGUUUUAGUGGCGCUCCCGAGUGGUGUGGUUGGCUAAUGUGCUCAUUCUGAGUGCAGGCUGAGUUCUUCAGAGGCAGGCAGAUGAGUGAAAUGAGCCUAAUGUACAACUGUCAGAAAAGGGGAAAAAUGAUAAAAAGUGAUUCAGAGAUGCUGCCAUCUUAUUAAACAAGCUUUGAUUCUUCAGUGUUCAAUUUAUUUUAAAAGAGUUCAAAUAUUGUUUUAUGUCUUAUGUGCCAAAAUUGUAUUAAUAGGAGAAAGUGAGUAAGCAGAGUAAGUUAAGUUUAAGUAAUAUUGAAAGCUGCCUAAGGCCAUUCUCCACAAAAUAACUAGUGGUUUACCUCACAAUUAUUACUUAACAGGGAUUAUGUUUCUUAAAAAAGCAAUACACAUUAGUGGGAUGUACCAAGCACAUGCAAAGCUUGGGAUCCAUGAGAUAAAGUCUCAGCCUGCAAUGGUCAAUAGCCACUGCCAGAAAAAAUUCUAAGGGCUUGGUACAACUUACCCAACACCGUACCCAAGUUUAUUUUAGCAUAGAAUCACCUCAAGAUCUUUUCAAAAUUAUUUAUAUUUUUGAGUAUUGCCAAGGCCUGUUGGUUUGAUCUCAUCUGUGAGGGUCUUUCUCUGUGUUUGAUUAUAAUCAGUUGCUUUUAUUGAGUGAUAUCGGAAUGGUUUGGGUGUGCCAGACAAUUUAAUACCAAGGAUAACAGUUUUUAUAUAGACUCCUUGCGCUGUUUCCAAAAAGGGAAAUAUAUGCCUGUAAUACAACCUGAAGUGAAUAGUUGUUCUAAUUGGAACAUGGUUCCACAAUAUGGUAGAAAUAGUUCUUGUUAGAAGGUGAUGUGGAUGUCAAUGAAUGGAAUUCAGUCAUAUUUAAAUUCUUCAGUUCAGCUGCUAGGUUACCAGUCUGUUUAUAACUAAAUGUCUUUUGGUUAUCCUCAUUUAGAAGACCCUUUUUCAACAAUUGGUUCCAGUGCUGAACAGCACCAAAUGGAGCAUGUAAUGUAGAGGGUCUUUCAGAUAUUUUCUCUGUGAAUCUUCCAUGCCUAUAAGUCCGUUGACGUCUUAGGAAAUCAAAAAAUGGACAUUUGUUUUGCAGAACAUUUUGGGUUUUUGUUGUUGAAAUUUCGGUCCAAGUGUGGUGUGAACGCACUGAUUAUACAUUAAGUUCCCUAGUUGUAAUUCAUUUGACGCUGAUUAAAAUUCUAGGUAAUAGCAUCAAAGUAGCUGAUGGUAAUCAUUUUUUGAUUGAGUUUCUAAUGUGCUUCUUUGUUUUGCCAAAAUGAAGUGGAAUACUAGCUUCUGAAUUUGGCUUUGGUCAUCUUGUUCUCAUUGCUGGUGCCUGUCAAGGUUUGAAUUUGUGCCGUUAGGAUGCUGUUCAUUCUUGAUUGUAAUUGUCAGGGAGCCUUCUUAAUUGCUGAUUAUUUUUCAGUGCAUAUGGGAAAACUCUUUGGAUUUAAAAUGCUGAAUUGCACCUUCUGUAUGUUUUUCCAACAUAAUAUUAGCGCCUUGCUUACUUUUGCCUUACAUAAAAGAAAAAAUCAGUAAUUCAGUCUGUCUGAUAAAGUGUCACUGAUGACAAAUAGACAGGAGUCCUUUUCAUUGGAACAGUAACCCUUUAUUCAUUGUGUCGCUUAACCGUGUUGCUGUUUCCAAACCGUGUGUGUGUUUUUGCAAAUGAGCAAGUGGUUUUCACAUCAUUUCAGUGGAAACGGGUAAUUGCCACUGGAAUGAAUGUUGCGAAAAGAACAAAAUAUGUCUUUGCUGAAUUUUUAGUCCAGAAGUCUCCCAGGAUUUCCUGUGGAAAUGUACCCCCUUUGCCUGUAAUGUUACCAGUACAAAAGACAAUCCAUAAAAUCUCUGUUCUACUUUAACAUAGUAAGUGUUACCUCAUACGAUCUCUGUAGAGUGUUUUUUUUUUCUUGUAGUGUCACAAUGUGCAAUAUAUCCAGCCAGCUCUUCCCUGUUCCUUUACCAACAUGUUGUUUCUUCUUUUACUUGCUGGCCUCAUUUUUACCUGUGGUACACAUACAGCUGAACCAUCUUGCACUUAUUUUCAGCCUAUAGGUAGAAUUUAUGUAAAUUUAACAGAAUGGAGAGUCAUGGCUUAUGGUGCAUUUAUGAAAAUAAAAGAAGGUUCUGGCUCAUUUCGUGUGUCUUUGUUAAAUAUAUGUUGAUAUAAUAAAUUGUCUGUAUGUUGUGUGACAGUUUUUAAGGGAACAUUUUUAAAUAAAAUGUGACUAAUGCUGGUUGCCAAAUGGGGAAAUAUGA